AUGGGGGAAGUGACAGCCGAGGAGGUGGAGAAGUUCCUGGAUGCUAAUGUUGGCUUUGCUAAAAACUACUAUAACCUCCGGUUCAGGGCCAGAGUCAUCUCCGAGCUAUUGGGUGCCAAGGAAGCAGCUGUUGAUUUCAGCCACUUCCACUCCUUGACCAGUGUGGAAGAGAGUGAGAUUGUCUUUGACCUCCUCCGAGAUUUCCAGGACAACCUGCAACUGGAGAAAUCUAUGCUCAACGUCAUGAAGAGGUUAUGCUUCCUCCUUCAGGCAGACCGAAUGAGUCUGUUCAUGUACCGGGCGCGGAAUGGAAUCGCGGAGCUUGCCACGAGGCUCUUCGACGUCCAUAAAGAUGCAGUCUUGGAGGAGUGCUUGGUGAUGCCUGACUCAGAGAUCGUCUUCCCUCUGGAUAUGGGUGUAGUGGGCUAUGUUGCACAUUCAAAAAAACUUGUGAACGUCUCCAAUGCAGAAGAGGAUGAGCAUUUCUGUGACUUUGUCGAUCAUCUCACAGAAUACAAGACCAAAAACAUCUUGGCUACCCCCAUAAUGAAUGGAAAAGAUGUUGUAGCUGUAAUCAUGGCUGUGAAUAAAGUGGAUGGACCAUGUUUUACCAAGAGGGAUGAAGAGAUUCUAAUGAAGUACCUUAAUUUUGCAAAUCUGGUCAUGAAGGUUUUCCAUUUGAGCUACCUUCACAACUGUGAAACCCGCAGGGGCCAGAUACUCCUGUGGUCUGGGAGCAAAGUGUUUGAAGAGCUUACAGACAUUGAGAGACAGUUCCACAAAGCCCUUUACACAGUCCGUGCCUUUCUCAACUGCGACAGAUACUCUGUGGGGCUCCUGGACAUGACCAAGCAAAAGAAAACUAGAGAAGUGUAUGGGAGGGAGCCCUGUGACUGUGAAGAAGAGGAGUUAGCUGAAAUUCUACAAGAUGAGCUCCCAGAUGCAGAGAAAUAUGAAAUUAAUAAAUUCCACUUCAGUGACCUGCCCCUGACAGAGCUGGAGCUGGUGAAAUGUGGAAUCCAGAUGUAUUAUGAACUGAAAGUGGUGGAUAAGUUUCACAUACCCCAGGAGGCUCUAGUACGGUUCAUGUACUCUCUCAGCAAAGGGUACCGAAGAAUUACCUACCAUAACUGGCGCCAUGGAUUCAACGUGGGACAGACCAUGUUCUCAUUGCUUGUGACUGGGAAGCUGAAACGAUAUUUCACAGACCUGGAGGCCUUGGCCAUGGUGACUGCUGCUUUCUGCCAUGACAUUGAUCACAGAGGCACCAAUAAUCUUUACCAGAUGAAAUCUCAGAAUCCACUGGCCAAACUCCAUGGAUCUUCCAUCUUGGAAAGACAUCAUUUGGAAUUUGGCAAAACACUGCUGAGGGAUGAGAAUCUAAACAUCUUCCAGAACCUUAAUCGAAGGCAGCAUGAGCAUGCCAUCCACAUGAUGGAUAUCGCAAUCAUUGCUACUGACCUGGCCCUUUAUUUCAAAAAAAGGACAAUGUUUCAGAAGAUCGUGGAUCAGUCUAAAACUUUUGAGAAUGAACAUGAAUGGACCCAGUACAUGAUGCUGGAACAGACUCGGAAGGAAAUUGUCAUGGCAAUGAUGAUGACUGCCUGUGACCUGUCUGCUAUAACCAAGCCCUGGGAAGUUCAGAGCAAGGUGGCUCUUUUGGUGGCUGCUGAAUUCUGGGAACAAGGGGAUUUGGAGAGAACUGUACUCCAGCAGAACCCUAUUCCCAUGAUGGACAGGAACAAAGCAGAUGAGCUCCCCAAGUUGCAAGUUGGUUUCAUCGAUUUUGUCUGCACUUUUGUGUACAAGGAGUUUUCCCGGUUUCACGAGCAGAUCACCCCCAUGCUCGAUGGCAUCACCAAUAACAGGAAGGAGUGGAAGGCAUUGGCUGAUGAAUAUGAAGCCAAGAUGAAAGCCCUGGAAGAGGAAAAGCAGAAAAAAGCACAGGCCAAGCAAGCAGCUGCUGGACAGCAGGGAAGGCCUGUGGCUGGAGAAGGAGGUUCACAGUCCAAGUCCUGUUCUAUUCAGUAGUGCAAAUCUUUGCAUUACUGCUGGUCAAGCCCUCCAGGUGGAUGGUUCUGGAAGAGGAAGCCAAACACUGAAGGGGAAAAAUGUCAAGUCAGCAAGAGGAAAUACAACUUCUUGAGAAGAAAAUAAAUUCUAGAGUCAUCAGAUGUCAGUCUUAGAAGGGACCUCAUAUAGACUCGAUCUAUUCAUAGAUAGGGAAACUGAGGGAAGUGACUUGCCCAAGGUCACACAAGUAGUUACGGCAGGAUCCUCUAAUUGAAUGCAAUGUGUAGAGAACACAAUAGAUAGGUAGGUAGAUGGAUAGAUGGAUGAUGGAUACAGAUAUGGAUAGAUAGAUACAUGAUAGAUGGAUAGA